ACUUACCUGGCAGGGGAGACACCAUGAUCAGGCAGGUGGUUUUCCCAGGGCGAGGCUCGUCCCUUGCACUCCGGGCGUGCUGACCCCUGCGAUUUCCCCAAAUGCGGGAAACUCGACUGCAUAAUUUGUGGUAGUGGGGGACUGCGUUCGCGCUCUCCCCUGGCUUGGGCGGUUCAAAGGCAGAUCACAACACACGUGGUUUUGUUUAUUCGUACAUUUUUUUUCAGCAGUGUCAGCGGUCUGGUUCCCCCCGGUCUGCAGGGACACCGCUCCCGCUCCCGUGCCUGGGCGGACCCGGCUGCACGCGGCCCCAUCGGGCCCAGCACCCGCCCGUAGUUCCGCGGGUCUCCGCAGCCCGCAGUGGCUGGCACCGCCCACAGCGGGGCGGGCGGCGGCGGAAGUGGCGUUGCUGCGAUGACGCCAUUCGCGUGCGCCGCGGGCCGCCAUGUUGGGCGUUCCGGUUCCGGCGGGGGCUGCGCGCGGCGGCGCGGCCCGGAGCGUGGCCGGGGCCAUGCGGGCGGCGCCGGCCUGAGCGCGGCCGCCUGCGGGAGCGGCACCGCGAGCGGCACCUCGCCGCAUGGCGUCGCGCACUGCCGGGGCUGCGGGGACGGGCGGCGCCGCCCGCGGGCCGCGCUGCCGGGAGCGGAGCCGCCGGUGCCGGCAGGGACGGGGCGCGGCGCCCGCCGGGCGGAGCCGCAGCCGGAGCCGCAGCCGGGCGCGGGCGGACGAGCCCUGCGCGCUCCGGGAGCUGUCGCCGCUUGCAGACUCGGACGCUCCUGCCGCUUCCGCAGACGGAGUGGAAGCCGCGAAGGCCCAGAAAAAGCCCGUCCGAAACCGGAGAGCGAGGAGGAGUCCCGGCGCUCCCGGCAGCCCGGCCCCCGCGGAGCCCGGGGGUCGCGGGGAGCCCUCGGGGGCCGCCGAGAACGGCCCCGCGCCGCCGCCGAGGGCGCCCAGGAAGCGAGGGCGCAAGUCCAAGGCGGAGAUGCUGCUGCUGAAGCUGUCGCAGGGCCUGGAGUGCCCGGCGCCGGAGCCCCUCUGCGUGCAGAAGGUGCUGGGGAGCAGCGAGGCCCCCGAGGGCCUGGAGACCGCCCCGGCCGGGCGCCCCAAGCGCCGGGCAGCCAAAGUGGCUUUGCUGUACCUGCAGGAGCUGGCAGAGGAGCUGACGUCCGUGUACCAGCCGCCAGCUCCCGCGGAGGGUGCCCAGGAGCCGGAGCUCGAGCGCGUCCAGAAGAAGCGUCGCAGCCGGAGGAAGAAGGAGGAGGAAAUAGACGGUGACGACCCCGUGCGAGAUGCUGACUUUGUGCCCUCAGAGGAGGUGCUGCUGCAGGCGGAGGAGGAGGAGGGGAGCGACGCGCCGCUCAGCGAGGUCUCGGAGUCGGAGCCGGAGGCUCCCCGGGGACACAGCGCAAAGAUGUCGUCGGCAGGGAGGUCCAAGCCUCAGUGCCGAGGCCUCGCUCCCAACGGCUUCCACAACUCCAUCAUGGCCCCCGUGGAGAAGUGCUCCAGCCUCACCUGCAGCGUGCGGGGUCAAAAUCACUCGCGGUGGGAGUUUCCUGACUGGAUCCCUCUGGUGCACAAGUGGACGUGUCUCUCGGACAGCGAAGCUGCCCCGUACCUGCCAGCGGAGGAGCAAUCGCCCCUUUUCUUAAUCCAGCGGGAAGGCAUUGAGGAAGACGGUGCCUUGUACAGGAUAAACAGGUUUAACUCCCUGCAGCCCCACGAGGAGCGUCUGGACGUGUCCUUCUUCGUGGGCGGCCCCGUGUGGGCCCUGGAGUGGUGCCCGGCCCCGGAGGGCUCCGCGGCCUCCCAGUACGUGGCCGUCUACUGCCACAGGAGCAUGGACGAGACGCACAGCGUGGCGGGGCUCCACGGCGGCCCGGCGCUGCUGCAGCUCUGGAGCCUGGGCACGCUGCAGCCGGAGGAGGGCUCUGCCAACAAAGCCGGGCUGGCCUACGGUGUGGCCGCUGACCAUGGCUGCGUCUGGGACAUGAAGUUCUGCCCGAGCGGGGCCUGGGAGCCGCCCACCGCCUCCAGGAAGCAUCCUCAGAUGAGCCGUCUGGGCCUCUUGGCCGUGGCCUUCUCGGACGGCAAAGUGGUGCUGUACUCCCUGCCGCACCCCGAGGCCCUGCAGACCUGUAAGAGAACCCAGGUAAAAGAUGGGUCCCUCCACAAGCACCUUAUCUGCAAGGUACAGUGUGUCGCCACCCUCCAGGUGGGCUCUAUCCAGGCGGGGAAUGCUUCCGAGUGCGGCCAGUGCUUCAGCCUCUCCUGGAUGCCGUCCAAGCCCCAUCACCACCUCGCAGCUGGUUUCUAUGAUGGCACCGUGGCCAUCUGGAACCUGCCCACCCAGUCCCUGCUGCAGCGCGUGCGCCAGCCCGACGGCUCCCUCAAGCUCUACCCCUUUCGGUGCUUCCUGGCCCACGACCACGCCGUGCGGAGCAUCGAGUGGUGCAAGGCCGACAGCAACUUCCUGGUCACGGCAGGCAACGACCGGAAGAUUAAGUUCUGGGACCUGCGACGGCUCUACGAGCCCAUCAACAGCAUCAAGCGGUUCCUCAGCACCGAGGUGGCCUGGCUGCUGCCUUACAACGGCGUCACGGUGGCCCAGGACAACUGUUACGCCUCUUACGGUCUCUGUGGGAUCCACUAUAUCGACGCUGGGUACCUGGGCUUCAAGGCUUAUUUUGUGGCCCCGCGCAAGGGCACUGUGUGGAGCAUCUCCGGCUCGGACUGGCUGAACACGGUGGCUGCCGGAGACAUCACCGGGGAGCUGGUGGCUGCAGUGCUGCCUGACCUGGCUGUCAACCCCCUCAACAUCAAGCGGCCCUCGGAGCGCAGAUUCCCAGUCUACAAAGCCGACCUGCUGCCCUGCGGCCCCGCGGGACCCGAGGGCGGGGAGCAGGCCCUGCCGAAGACCAGGCUCUACAGCGAGAUGGUGACCAAGGCCUGCAUCCACUUCCGCGACACGGACCUGCGCAGCUUCAAGAACUUCCCCAGCCGCGAGCCCAUGCGCAGGAUGCACACGCAGGAGGUGAAGGCAGAGCUGAGCCUCGACCGCCUGCAGCUGGAGGCCCUGCACAAGGUGCGCUUCAGCCCCAACCUGGACUCGCACGGCUGGCUGGUGUCGGGCGGGCAGGCCGGCAUCGUGCGGGCGCACUGCCUGGUGGGGCUGGCGUCCGCCGUGGGCCCCCAGCUGCUCCUGGAGAGCCGUGCCCGCUUCGGCGCCCUGGGCCGGGACCCGCCCGGCAGCCCCGGCCCCGGGGAGCGCUCCCCGCUGCCCCCCGAGUAGCACGGGGGGGGCCCUUGCGCUGCUCGCCCGGGCGAGAGCCCUGGCCACGCGGGCAGCCUGCGCUGGCCGGGGCCCCGCUCGGGUGCUCCUGGGCCCCUGGCUGCCUGGGGAGGAGGGCGCACCGCUCCUGGCUGUCACCGGGACCUUCGGGGCCCUUGUCCUCAUGCUCCGGGCCAAGAACGCUCCUUUCUGCCCCGUUUGGCUUCAGCUGGCGUGGGGAGGGGGGUGGGACGGGUCGGGGGCCGAGCCCCUGGGUUGAACCCCGAGUCCUGCGCUGGGGGGCUCGGGCCGGGCGCGGGGGCAGCACCUCCGGGCCCCCACGCGUGCAGGGCUGUGCUGGUCCCUGCUCCCGGCUCCCCGCCGUGGGCCCGUCCCUGCGGCGGCCUCCCCCCGCCGUGGGGCACCGCGGGGCUUGCGGACGUGCCGGGAGCUCCGGAAUCGCUCACAUUGAGCCUGUGAUCUUAACUGUGCAGUAAACGGUGUCGGUUUUGUAAA